AUGGAAAACCACGCCACCCACUCCAAGCAGGCCACAGUGCUCCGGUCAUACUCCACGAGCACCUACUGUCGGGAGGGCUUUGUGGAGUGGAUGUGGGGAUGGCUGGCCCGUAAACACCAGUUGGUGCUGCAUUCACACUCCCGUCUACAAAUGGGUCAGUGCUGGCCCUUCGAAGGAGACAAGGGCCAGCUCCAUGUGCAACUGGCUCAGAGGAUCCACAUCUCCCACAUCACUCUGGGACACAUCACACCGAUGCAGUCACCCUUUGGAGAAACAACCACUGCACCCAAGAACUUCUCCGUCUAUGGAAUGAAGACUCCUGAUGGAGAAGAAAAACUUCUUGGAAGGUUUUUCUAUGACAAUCAGGGCUCAUCCUUCCAAACGUUCGUUCUCCCAGAGCAGAGCUCAGAGGGGUUUGCCCAUGUGCGCCUGAAGGUGGAGACCAACUGGGGGAACACAGAGUACACCUGUGUGUAUAACUUCAGGGUGCAUGGGACCCCCUCAGAAAGAACGGUCCACAUCGAGGUCCGUUCUAACCUCUGUCCACAGCAGGGAUCUACAGAAGGGGUCCACAGCAGGGGUCUACAGGAGGGGUCCACAGCAGGGGUCUACAGGAGGGGUCCACAGCAGGGUCUACAGGAGGGGUCCACAGCAGGGGUCUACAGGAGGGGUCCACAGCAGGGAUCUACAGGAGGGGUCCACAGCAGGGAUCUACAGAAGGGGUCCACAGCAGGGGUCUACAGGAGGGGUCCACAGCAGGGGUCUACAGGAGGGGUCCACAGCAGGGGUCUACAGGAGGGGUCCACAGCAGGGGUCUACAGGAGGGGUCCACAGCAGGGAUCUACAGAAGGGGUCCACAGCAGGGGUCUACAGGAGGGGUCCACAGCAGGGGUCUACAGCAGGGGUCUACAGGAGGGGUCCACAGCAGGGGUCUACAGGAGGGGUCCACAGCAGGGGUCGACAGGAGGGGUCCACAGCAGGGGUCCACAGGAGGGGUCCACAGCAGGGGUCUACAGGAGGGGUCCACAGCAGGGGUCUACAGGAGGGGUCCACAGCAGGGGUCUACAGGAGGGGUCCACAGCAGGGGUCGACAGGAGGGGUCCACAGCAGGGGUCUACAGGAGGGGUCCACAGCAGGGGUCUACAGGAGGGGUCCACAGCAGGGGUCUACAGGAGGGGUCCACAGCAGGGGUCUACAGGAGGGGUCCACAGCAGGGGUCUACAGGAGGGGUCCACAGCAGGGGUCGACAGGAGGGGUCCACAGCAGGGGUCUACAGGAGGGGUCCACAGCAGGGGUCUACAGGAGGGGUCCACAGCAGGGGUCUACAGGAGGGGUCCACAGCAGGGGUCUACAGGAGGGGUCCAGGGGUCCACAGCAGGGGUCUACAGGAGGGGUCCACAGCAGGGGUCGACAGGAGGGGUCCACAGCAGGGGUCCACAGCAGGGGUCCACAGCAGGGGUCUACAGCAGGGGUCCCCAACAGGCCGUGGCAGAGGCGCCCUCCUGUGGCCAGGUUCUGCCAGAGGUUUCUUCCUAA